GGAAGGAGAAAACAAAUAAUUUCCUGACUUUUACACCUAUUUGGAGGCAGGAAAGAGGGGUUUUCAGGAAGCAAUGAAGGCUUGGAGACAGAAAUAAACAGCAUGGAGGCACCUCAGAUGACUUUUCAUUGCAAGAUGUCAGCCAUCUUUAAACCAAGGAGGGGAUCUUCAGCACCAUUUAUCAGGGUAGAAACAAAAAAGGCCUCACUCGGACUCCUCGCUAUCCAUCUACAGUAACCGAGCCCUCAGAUGACCCUUAAAUUACAUCUGAAACCGCAUUAGGAUGUUUUAUUUCGGACGUUUGCCUGUUUACAGCCGAAGACCAGGCAAUAUGUUCAUCACUUGCCUCCACAGUGCAGGUAAUCAGUCAGAGGGUGUAAACACUUUUUUUUUCUCCCUGUAAUGUGUUUAUUUUUCCCUGAGCUUGUUUAUACUCUCCUCAGGAAUAUUUUUUCCUGAUUUUCCUAAACUAAUCCCUUAAUCACUUGAGCAGGCGGCUGCCAGACAGAGCACCCCUGGUCCCCGCGGGGCCGACUGAGGGCACAGCGUUCAUCUUUGUGAGUAUGUUGUGACAAUGCCGGUGCACAAUCCCCCUAAUCUAACAAAACCCACAAUAAAAUGCAUUAUUAUUCUGAGCUUGCCUUACGGAUGAAGUGUCAAAAAAAAAAAAAAAAAAAAACCACCCAAAUGCAAACGGUCAUUUGUUAUCUCUGGAUACUGAUGAAUGCUGCAGAGGAGGAAGCAGGUACAAAAACACAGCAGCCUAAAUAAUCCAACAGGCAGGUCGAGGUCAGGUCCUGCUCAGGGUCGCUGUUACUAAUGACUCUCUAACCUCGGCCUUGUAGAGCUUUGUCACCGCCUCAGCCAUUGUCAGCCCGUUAUGCUCUAUACAUCCUUCUCCCACCAUCUGGUUUUCUUUCUCCGCUGCUCUGCUCUGGGUUUAUCCUCCCGGAGCCCCGACUGUGGGACAGGCGUUGGCCCAGCUGGUAGUCAGCAGGACCAGGCUGCAUGUUUCCAAACUGAUGCCCAUACGCAUGCUCGCCAUAGGGUGAGGUGCAGCAGUUCAUCAAUCACACCUACUCCCUCGGUUCAGCCUCUCCGCAGAGGCGGCGGGGAGGGGUUGGUGCGUGGGCAAAUGAAUCAAUAAUUUUAAUUUGGGCUUAGAAUAAGAUAAUGUGGGACCUCCGGCAGAAUCUGCAUCCCUGUUUCAGCUGUUUAGCAAGGCGCCUCGGCAUUAAAUCCGAAUUGAUUGAUGAAUCAGGCUACAAGCGCCAGUGGCUUCCAUUAGUCGGCAGUCAUAAUCAUCAGAAGUUGUGGAUUCAUGAGGAGUGAUAAUAGAAAGUCUUACCUCAGUGGAUGCAAGAAAUUGGUGUCUGCAGUCUUGCAGUAGAACGAUGCUUUAUUAACAUUGCAGAGAAGAUGUGUGCAGGGAAUUCAGGAAGGUCUGGACACAUAGGAAAUCUCAUUAACUAUCAUUUUUUUCUGCCUCCAAACAUUAAAUAUGGCUUUGUCGAAAGUUUAAAUUCAUCUGCUAUCUUUCAAUAUGUUCAUGUCCACUGAGAAGUACCAGUUGAACUCUUCCUUCUUUCCACAAAGCCAUAUUUAAUCUGUGGUUUCCUAUGUGUCCAGACUUUAGGGACACCCUGUACUUAUGAGUCUAUGACUGUAAUCUACAAGUUUUGUCAGCAUUAAAAUUCUGUUUAAGAAAGUAAAACGUUAUUUUUUAUUAUAUUUUCACCAAUUCCCAGAUGAACUGUUUCAGUGCCCCUAAACAGGAAAUUUCAAUUGAUUGAUGAAUCAAGCAAAAAGACAAAAAGUCAUCAUCAGGGGAACUUGUGGAUUUAUAUGGAGUUAUAUUAAAGUCUGGCAUCAGUGGAUAUAAGAAAUCUGUGUUUGUUGUUUUGGCAGUUGAAGGAUGCUUUAUUAAUAUCAUCGAGGAAAUGUGUGCAGGGAAAUCAGGGAGGUUAUUGUUAUAUAAGAGCGAAAUGUAUCAAAAUUCAAUCACAGCAGUUGUCUCGAGGUAUAGUCUCACUUUGAGUUUCAUAGCAGUAACACAUGAAAUUACUUAAGUCUAUCACAAACUUGCACAUUUCCACAUUGACCGAACAACCUUGACUCUGUUUUAGCGUUCUCUUAUUGAGUCUGUUUUGUCUUUUUGCUUAGUGACAUGGUUCAGUCAGACCUCUGUUGAAGAGAAAAACUCACUGCACCAAAUAGUGAGAUGGUCCAGUCGCCUAAUUGUGCAGCUGUCCACUGCGCAUGCUCGGCGUGGCUGAAAAACCACAUGCGUCUCCCCGCACUGCUCUCUCCGGUGCCAAAGCAGGGAGAUGCGCACAGCGAGGACGCCGCAGCCCCAGAAAUGCGCACAGCUCCGAGCACCCAGACCCGGUCCCGGCUUCAUCCGUCCACCGGUAGCCCCGAGCCGCCUCUCAGCGCCAUGGGUUAGAGGGGAUCCACGGGCAACUUUGACACACUUUGACACGGGAAAUGCGCCGGAGAGCUGCGAGAAUUGAGAGCAUAAUAACACAGAGAGACACUUGAAAGAGAAGAGAGAGGAGGGGACCCUAUUCCUGUCAUUUUCUACCCCCGGUUCCUCCUUCUUCUUUCUUUCUUUUUUUUUUUUUUUGGUCGGUUUUGAGAGAUGAUCACGGAGCUGCUGUGCACCGCCGUGGCUGUGGGUCUCUAUGUGAACACGCUGGACGCGGAUUUCUGCUACGAUGACAGCCGAGCCAUCAAGACCAACCAGGACCUCCUCCCUGAGACUCCGUGGACCAACAUCCUGUAUGACGACUUCUGGGGCACCCUGCUCACCCACAGCGGCAGCCACAAGUCCUUCCGUCCACUCUGCACCCUCUCCUUCCGCCUCAACUACACCCUCCACGCCCUGCGGCCCUGGGGCUACCACCUGCUCAAUGUGCUGCUGCACGGCCUCGUCACCGCCCUGGUUACCGCCUUCAGCCGGCCGAUGCUCGGCGGGGGACUGUGGAGCCUUUUGGCGGGCCUCCUGUUUGCCUCCCAUCCGGUGCACACUGAAGCGGUUGCCGGUGUGGUGGGGAGGGCGGAUGUUGGAGCCGCUUUGUUUUUCUUACUCUCUCUUCUCUGUUAUGUGAGGCACUGCGGGCUCCGCAGGGACUCGUAUGGGGCCUUCCAGGUCAGGAGAUGUGGCGGUGGGGAUGGCGGCUCGGCCACCAGGUGCUGGGGUUGGAUGCUGGGCAGCUUGUGGUGCGCGGCGGCCAGCAUGCUGUGGAAGGAGCAGGGCGUGACGGUGCUGGCUGUGUCGGCCGCGUACGACCUCUUUGUGUUCCAGAGACUCCGCUUUCGCCAGGCGCUGCUGCUCCUGUUAGGAAAGAAAAAGAACGUCAGCGUUUUGCUGAGUCUCGCUUUGCUGGCUUCCUGGGGAGUGAUCCUGCUGUCAGCUCGGCUCUACUGGAUGGGCAACAAGCCUCCCAACUUCUCCAACUCUGACAACCCCGCCGCUGACUCGCCGCAUUUCCUCACUCGAGCGCUGACGUUCCUCCACCUGCCUGCCGCCAACGCCUGGCUCCUGCUCUGCCCCGACAAGCUCAGUUUCGAUUGGUCCAUGGACGCCGUGCCCCUGGUCAGGUCCUUGGCCGACUGGAGGAACCUUCACACUGUUGCCUUUUACGGAGGAUUUAUCCUUCUGGCUUUGUUCGGCCUUCGUGGUGCGACCUCCAAAGCCAAGGAUGCCAAUGGGAAAGCCCAUGUCACUAAUGGGAAAUCAAUCACUAAUGGGAAUGGCUGCCACGCCCCAGACACAAACCAUAACACAGAGCAGGGGUUGCCAAAGACUACCCUGAACGGGUCGGCUGGACUCCACUGUCCUCCUCCUCGGACAUCCCUGCCCCCUACAGAAAGCCUAGUUUUAUUUUCAUUAGGCAUCCUGUCAUUGCCUUUCAUCCCUGCCACCAACCUGUUCUUUUACGUGGGGUUUGUAAUUGCAGAGAGGGUACUGUACAUCCCCAGUAUCGGCUUUUGCUUACUGGUUGCUGCUGGUGCGAGAACCUUAUAUGUCCGACUGAGGACUAGAGGCUGCAAGGCCUUAGUGUUGUGUCUCUGUAUGGGACUAGUGCUGCUGAAUGGACUCAGAACUGUUCAAAGAAACAAAGACUGGAGCAAUGAGGAAAAUCUCUACAAGUCUGGGAUUAAUGUGAAUCCUGCUAAAGCCUGGGGCAACUUGGGGAACGUACUGAAGAACCAGGGCAAGAUGGCGGAGGCUGAGCAGGCAUACCGAAACGCUCUGCACUACCGAGGGAACAUGGCUGACAUGCUGUAUAACCUGGGUUUGCUGCUGCAGGAGAAUGAGCGUUUUUCUGAGGCGCUGCAUUAUUACAAACUGGCCAUUGGGAGUCGGCCAACACUGGCAUCGGCCUACUUGAACACAGGAAUAAUCCUGAUGAACCAGGGCAACCUGGAAGAGGCCAAACGUACCUUCCUCACUUGUGCCGACAUUCCUGAUGAGAACUUGAAGGAUCCUCACGCCCACAAGAGCUCCGUCACCAGCUGCCUGUACAACCUGGGAAAGCUGCUCCACGAACAAGGCCAGCAGGAGGAGGCCCUGUCUAUUUAUAAGGAAGCAGUGCAGAAAAUGCCUAGACAGUUUGCACCACACAGCCUUUUCAACAUGAUGGGAGAGGCUUACAUGAGGUUGAACCGGCUGGAGGAAGCAGGUCACUGGUACAGAGAAUCCCUCAGGGCGAAGCCUGACCACAUCCCUGCCCACCUCACUUACGGCAAACUCCUGUCCAUCAUCGGGCAGAAGACAGAAGCAGAGAAAUACUAUCUGAGAGCAAUUCAACUAGACCCAACAAAAGGAAACUGCUACAUGCACUAUGGCCAGUUUCUGUUGGAGCAGUCCCGUCUCGGUGAAGCCGCCGAGAUGGCAGAGAGAGCUGCAGAGCUGGACAACUCCGAGUUUGAUGUGGUCUUCAGUGCUGCUCACAUGCUCAGACAGGCCAAUCUUAACGAAGCAGCAGAAAUCCAGUAUGAGCGAGCAGCCGGCCUCAGACCAGAUUAUCCGGCUGCUCUGAUGAACCUCGGUGCCAUCCUCCACCUGAAUGGGAAACUUCCCGAAGCGGAGGCCAACUAUCUGCGGGCGCUGCAGCUCAAACCCGACGAUGUUAUUACACAGUCCAACCUGCGCAAGCUGUGGAACAUCAUGGAGAGGCAGGGACUCAGGACUAAACAUGGGCUCGGGGCACAGAAAGGCGACCUUUAACUUGAAAGAGUUGCGUCGUUGUUUCCUCACUGAUGGAAUGAAGCUGGAUAUGAAGGACUGAAGGCUGGAAUCUCUCUCUAAAGACGAUACCUGUAGUGAUUUGGCCUGUGAUGUUUGUGAAAGACAGCUUGAGCCUUGGCAUGUUUGGGAUUUUUGAGUCCCGGAUGGUGGCUCAAAAUAUGACACCUUUUUUUUUUUUUUUUUUUUUUUUUUAAUAAAAUUUUAUAACACUCUGUCAAAUGAUACAAUGAAAAAGAAAAUAACGGAAAAGUCCCAAAAAAUAAUCUUCCUGGUUUCAAAUGUCGGCUGAUUAUUUUUUCACGCUAAUUUAAACCAGGGUGUGUUUGAAAGCCCUUAAUUUGAAUGACGAUGUAGCAAAUUUAAAACAAUAAGUUCUGCAAAAAGUCGUUUUGAAGUGUCAGCACUGAUGAGUUAAUGACUAUCAUGUUGCGUUUCAUUAUGCCAGCUUGUUUGACUUAAACUGAAACCACAUCCUUACUUUUACACAUCAAAGUCUGUUUACAGGAGGAGAACUACUGCACAUGUGAAAAACUUGUAUCAAAGCCUUUUUGUGGCUCCAGAGGGAGCGAGUGAGUCAGCGUUGGUCGGGGGUGAAGACUACAAAUUUGAAAAAGAAAAUAAUACUCGAGGUGUGAAGAAAAAAGUCAACUUACUGGCCUUCUGCAGUGUCUUUGCUUUAGGCUUUGAUCGAGGCUCCAUUUGUCGUUACUAUCACUAAUGCAAAUGUCCGACCAAAGCGUUGCCAGUUAACCUUCUGAACCCCAAACAGCUUGAAUGUUUUCCCUCACUGUGGGCCUAUUUUUUCACUGCAAUUUACAGUCCUGCACCUCUAUGGAAGCAGCACAACCUUGGCUUGAAGUACAGAGAACACAAAAAUAAAUGUUGCCAUCAUUUUUUUUUUAAGAAAAAAAAGGAAAAGGAAGGAAUCUUUGAUUAUUUAUUGUACAAAAUUUUUAAAAAUUGGAAUCAACACGCACAACAAUUUUCCAAGUGCCCUAACAUGUUACUAACACUUGGGAAAAAUGUGACCCUGCAUACUAUAUUAUAGAAAUUUUACUAUUUACAUUUUGUAUUUAUUUCUAUACUUGUCUCCUGUCCACUCCUUGCAAACACAGCCUGCAGUUCAGCCGAGAAUUUUUGUCAUGUGACUUUUGGUUCGGCGACUGAUAGCUUUAUGGUUGCAUUGAAAAAUGCAGAAUUGAAUUUUUAAUUAUUUACAGAGUCAGGUUAGUGCAAUCAGUGUUUUUAAAAUGGGAUAUUGAGAAUAAAGUGAUUUUGAUGAAAUAUCACGAUUUUGACAUCACAUAUAAUUAGUUACAGGAAUGUUGGAAAGUUGAAAAUCCCAUGAUUAUCUUUGUUUCACAGUUUCUAAGUCUAAUAAAUGGUAUGUUUUGGGCGUUUUUUGUUUUUAAAGCUAACAUGCUUUUCAAAGCUGCCUGUGAACUUCGGGGUUCAGAGGGUUAAGUUGCAUUAUGGGUGAUGUAGGCCCUGGGGUUUGACAAGGAAGAACAGAAGGAUUUCUUUUGCUAAACUGUCCAUCGUAGGUCGACAGUGUUGUAGAACACAAGUGGAGUGUUCUGUUUAAAAAUAAUAAAAAAUGAUGGUCUCAGGAUGGUCUGGCCUUAAUGUUAACACAGUAAAUACAUAACUAAAAGCAUGACAGUGCAUAGUCAACUUGUGGUACCACCCUCUAAUAGCGCUGUACUCCCAGCAAGUAUGAAAUAAUCAUGAUGCUCAGCCAAUCCCAUCGCGUUUUCCGAGUCACUGAAGAUUGUUUGCACUUGGUGCAUUUUAAACCCUUGUGACUGUAAAAUUGAAAACAGAUAAUGAGAAAAUCCUCAGCGGUGCCAAAGCUUGUACUGAGUCUUUACACCUCUCGUGCCAAGCAAGAACUGUUAUCACUCAUGUGUUGUGUUCCUUGUGUCAAAUGAAGAUGUUUUAUGUGAUCACAUGAUCAAAUUUAAUUUAUUAAUACGUGUUAUUUUAUGUAAAAAUGCCAACACUGUGCCGUUUCACUGUCACAUCAGCCCACCUUCUCUCAUUCCUCCAAAUAGAUAGGCUACAGUAGGCAACAUGGCGAUUACAUUAAAAUGUUUUUCUAUGUGUUGUGUUUUUUUAAUUCUCUCUGCUCAGGGACAUCAGGUUGUGAUUCCUGUCACAGAGUGGGUUUGUGACACAGAGAGAGCUUCUUAAAAUGACGUUAGAUGUUUUUUGAUGAUUGUGAUGUUUUGGUUAAAUUAUAGAAAAAUGUGUAGCUGAAAAAUGUGUUUUGUAAAAGAAAAGUCAACCUUUUUCCAUAAUAAAAAGAUGAUUUUUGCGCUCA